GUUUACCUCUCUGCUCCCAUUCUCUUUUCUCUCCUCUGCGUUUACCUCCUCUCUGCUCCCAUUCUCUUUUCUCUCCUCUGCGUUUACCUCCUCUCUGCUCCCACUCCAGCACUAUGAAGACUGUCCUGGCUCUGCUGAUGUUGGUAUGCCUGGCCUGCCACAGUCACGCACUGAAGUGUCACUCAUGCGUAGCAUCCAAUGAGGAUGAUUGUACUAAACAAGGAUCCACCACCUGCCCUCAAUUCGCUGACGCCUGCUCCACCAUCACAGGACAGAACACGGUGAUGAAGUCAUGCUCCUACAAAGCAUUCUGUGAUAAGGCCCAUAGUGGCAACUCUGGAGCCAAGAUGGAGUGUUGUUUCACUGAUGACUGCAAUGGGCCUCAUAAGGGCCACCAGCAUGGGGAGCACAAAAACACAGCUGGAGCCCUGGGAGCCAGCCCUGCUCUGCUACUUGGGGCUCUGAUGCUCCGCAUGGCCCUCAGCAGGUUCUAAACUCAUGAUCAUAAAUACAUUCAUCCCUUUACUAUCCAUCUAUCCAUGUAUUCAUUAUUUCAUACAGCCCUGAAACCAUUUAUCCAUCCAUCCCCUCAGAGUGUGUCUGCAGAAUGCUGAUGAACUAGGGUUUGGUGAAUCAUACAGGGAUUAGUAAGAGUGUGUGUGACGCCUGUGGUGGUGGUGGGGGGGUGGGGUGGGGUCAAUUAAAGCACAUUCAAUCAAGUUUAAAGACAGAUGGAACUGAUGUAUCACUCCGCAUGAUUCAGCUCUGUCAGUUGUGUGUCCGUAACCAGUCAUAUGUACAAACAGAUGUUUGAUAUGAUCAGAGAGAGGAUGGAACUCCUGUAGUGUCAGUAGACUCUGAGUGGAUGUGAGCCAGGCUGGGGUUAGAACUUUAGAUGUAUAUACUAUGUUUAUACCUGGGGCAGAUCUAAAAUGUCACCCAUGGUAGCCUGUGUGUAUGUAUGAUACUGUUGGUUAGUGCUGGGCUCCCAGUAGGCCUAGUGUUAGGCUCGUUCCCACAGUAACCACAUACGCUAGGGCACUCUUCAGCCUUCAGAAUCCAAUCAUCAUGAAUUAAACAGGAACUCAACACUGAAAGACUUGUUGGUCCAUUGUUAAUAUUGUUAUGCUUCAAUACUUAUUUAUAAAUAAACAUGCUAUUACACCCUUA